AAAUAUUAUGUAGAGGUUAGAACUUAGAAGUUUGUUAGAAGUGGCUACUGGUUAUAAGUCGAUCGUAUAGAGUAAGUUCUUUGCCAUAUAGUUCUUUCGACAUCUCGACGAAAAUACAUUUUUGGAAAAGUGUUGUUUGUGUAGAAAAAGCCAUAGGAAAUUAGUGAAUGAUAUUUAUUUUUAGAAUGAAUGGUGUGAUGGACCGAACACCUCAAAGCCAUUGUUCUGCAAAAGCCCCAAGAAAUUAUAAGCUUCUAGUUGAUCCAUUUUUAGUCAAGGGAACUGCAAAACUAUACAGAUAUGAUGGAAUAGUUCCUAAUGAUCCUAGCUACCCACCUGUAGUGCCAAGAGAUCCUCGAUCUCAUUUAACUAAAAUUUGGACAAGAUUGGAAACAUUGGAAUUACCAGUACCUAGGUUUAGAAUAGAUGUUAACUAUGUGGGAGAACCUCCCCCACUGGAAGUAACUUUUUUCCAUCUUAAUGACAACAUUGAUAAGCAGUUCUUGUCUGACAUGGUUCAGAAGUUUGGAGAAAUAGAAGAACUCUUCAUUUACUACCACUCAUUUACAAAUAAACAUCUUGGCCUUGGUAGAGUAGUUUUUGAGACAAUUGAGAGUGCAAAGGCUUGUGUUGAAAAAUUAAAUAAUACCAGCGUAAUGGGAAAAGUUUUACAAGUAUUCUUGGAUCCUUUUGGUGAACAAUGUAAAAAAAAGUUUGAAGAAUUGACAACUGAAAAAAAAAACGUAUUGCUUGUGGAAGAGCCUAAAGUAGACGUGGAUAUUAAAAAGAUUGAAGAUGAAAAGAAAAAAAGUGAUUUUAAGGAAAAAGAAAAAGAAAUGUUAAAGGGAAAGGAAGAUUUGCGGGUAGGUCUUCUAAAAGAAAAAGAGCAAGAUACAGAAAGAUACUUUGAAAAGGAAAGAUUGUCGUAUAGUAGAAGUCUUAAUGCUGGAAGAGAAUUUACUACUCCUGGAAGUGCUGAUAUGGGAUACAAUACUGCCCCUAGUGAUUAUUCCGCAAGUUUUGGAUCAGCAAAUACAACACCUUUAACUUACGAUUAUCCUCAUAAUGUUGCUUUAUCCCAUCAAUAUACAUACAAUACACCUUAUCAUCAUCAUGUUGGCACACCACAUGUUUGGUCAGUACCACCUCACCAAUGGACACCAAACGAACAGUGGGACAGGGCACCCACAAUUCCUCCAAUUCAUAAAUGGUCCACCGCUAACAGUCAUGCAUUAAAAACAACAGAGAGGGAUAAAGAUAUCUCCAGAGAGGCACGGGAUAAAGACAGAGACUCUAGAGACAGAGACAGAGACAAACGGAAAGUUAAUUCAAGCAAAAGGAAAAAAGAAAAGGAAAAAGAUGAGACUGAAGGAAAAACGUUAGAUUUAGAUACAAGGAUAGCGUUGCUGUUAAAAGGGAAAGGGUCUGGAGGAAUGGCUCCUCCUUUUCUUAGUUUGGCAGUAGAUUCGGAAGACGAUUCGAGGUCACUGUGUGAUAAAGGUUUGCCUUCGCUACCAUUGUCAACUUCUAUCGAUAGCGACGAUGAUGAUCGUUCAAGUGUUUCACUGAGUGAUCUCCCGAUUAAUCCCCCCGCACCCAAUGUAGACACAAACGUGUCUAGAUUAAAUCACGAUGCUCCUUUAUCGUGUACCCCCUCUCCGUUCUUGUCCAGGGAAAUUUAUUUGGAAUGCCAUCGAAAUGGAGUAGAACAGGCGUUGGUUGCAAGGCAAAGAGAAGCAUUGGAAACAACUGCCCUUCUAAAGCAAGUCAAAAUUGAAAUGGAUAAAAUUGGAAGUGAUAUUUCGUCUAGCGAAGACGAACUGUUAACGGGAGAACGACUUGGAAAUAAUUACAGUCCAAUAGAGCCGAGAUCAUUUAACAAAAAGGAAGUCAAAACAGAAAAGGACGAUGACCAAAUGAGCCUUUCGUCUCUGAGUAGUACAGAGGCUAAAAUAGAAGAAUCCAAACCGGAAAGUCACGUCAACGUACCCCCAUCGCAUAUUUCUCCAUUUCCUGGAUCUACAUAUAAUACUUAUCAUCAGCAGUACCCUGGUUACCCUCCGACACCGUACGGGUAUCCAGGAACCACUUACACGGUAACGCCAGAUUGGCAUCAGUCAUAUCCCUACGGUCCUCAGCAACCGCACGGUGGGGCUCCACCUCUGUAUCAUCUUGCCCAUCCUCAAUAUUCUCAGUUCCCUCAGUUUCAAACGACACAACCCUAUUUACCUUAUCAAUUUGGCCAGCGAAAGACUGAUAUACCAAAAGACGACCCACACGCACCAACUAUUCACGGAGUCGUCAAGCAAAUCACGCAAGAAUUGAAGCAGAUUCUCAAGAAAGACUUCAAUAAAAAGAUGGUCGAAAAUACUGCAUUCAAAAAGUUCGAAACUUGGUGGGAAGAAGAGAGUUUAAAAGAAAAUGAAAGUACAUUGGUGAUUAAUAAGGAUGAGCUACAAAUUGAUAAGGAUUCACUGCAAACGAAAGAUAACAUAAAUAUUCUUUUGGAGUCCAACAGGGAGAAUUUGUAUAGUGGAACAUUCGAUAAUGUAGGAUUUGGUUUAGGUUUAAGAGCGUCAUUACCAAAAAUGCCUAGUUUCAGAAGAAAAAAAUUACCCUCGCCAGUUAUUGAAGAUGAAGAUUCAAGAAAAUUGUCAGAUAGCGAAGAAAUUGUUCACCACUUUGAUACAGAAGAUACUCAAAGCACGUCGCGCCAAUUACGCCGUGUUCGGAAAACUUCUUCCAGCUCAAGCACUAGUUCGGCCAGUUCAACAUUUAGCUCGAGCAGCGAUGAUUCGAGUUCUGAUGAAAGUGCAUCUGAAACUGAAGAAGAUGGUGAAAUGGAAAUUAAAACGUUACUCUCUUCACCCAUGCGACAAAAUGAAAACCAAGAUUUAGACUUAUCUGCGGCGGAAGAAACUAAUGCGGAUUAUACUAUGUCACCAAUUCAAGAUGACAUCGAGCCACGCAACAAAACCCCAGAACCGAUUCAAAUGAACGCAAACGUUGAAGAGAAUCUUGACAAAUCCGAAUCCACAAGUGAAGCCGUUGUACGAAACGAUUUUUCGCGCUUUUUGGAAAGCGACAGCGAUAUGAGCGAGGAAGAACGAUUUUAUUUGGAACGACGUAAACGUAACACGGAAUACAUGGAGAAGAUCGAAAAGGAGCGGGAAGAACGGGAAAAAGCGGAAAGGCAAGCUCGAGGUAUGUCGAAAACAUAUGCGGUUGAUAAAGAAGAAAGUUCGGAAAAUGAACGUCAGAUAUUAGAGAAAAGGGAAACUGACAGAGAAGCGAACUUAAGCACGUCGAAAAAUCCCGAACCUCCCUCUGAAAGAACCGCAAACGAAGGGAAAAAAGCGGAAGAAAAACCAGACUUGGUAAGCAAAACACAAACAGAAAGCAAAGUGAUUAGCAAUGGAACUAUCGAAAGAUCGAAAAGUUUGUCUGAGUCUUCGAUCGAUUCAAGCAGUCCCAAGUCUCAGGUGACUAUAGAACAUUCGUACUGUAUGCCUCCACAAAAGGAAAAUGAAGAUUUGGAAACUGCAACACCUGAAGAACACGUCCAAGAACGUGAACGCAAAAAGGAUGACGUCGUAGCGAUUAAAGAAAACGAUUGGAAUGAUAAACCUACAAAACCACCACGACAGCGCAAACAGAAGCAUAAUGUACGUAAAAUGCACGAGUUGCAGAAAUUACUCGAGUACGGUAAUUACCAAGAACAUGUCCCAUCCAGUAAUGUUCCUGUGCAAAUUCACAAUGUUAAACACAAGGAGCGAGAUAUGGUGGCUGAAAUGGGUAUUCUGUACGAAUUUUUGACAAAAGGUAUUGAUAUCGAAGAUAUUAGGUAUAUGAAAGAAUCGUAUGAAGCGAUGCUUUCGAUCGAUUCUAUUGGUUAUUGGUUAAACGAUACUCACUGGGUGGAUCAUUGUGUCACCGAUCUAUAUUCUAGCCCACCGAAACGUCGAAAACGCGAAGAUUUACGACUGCAUUCAACAGGGUGUGCGCGAACGGAGGGCUAUUAUAAAAUUGAAGCUCACGAAAAAGCAAAAUACAAGUAUCAUCACACAAGGUCGAACGCAAUUGUUUCUUCUAACGUUACUCUCUCAAAAACACAAGGUAUUUCAAGGGAAGCCAGAUCGAAUCAACGUCGUCUACUGACGGCAUUCGGAACAGAUACUGAUUCUGAUCUGCUUAAAUUUAAUCAGCUUAAAUUUCGCAAGAAACAUUUAAAAUUCGCAAAAUCAGCUAUUCAUGAUUGGGGUCUAUUUGCAAUGGAACCCAUUGCGGCGGAUGAAAUGGUAAUUGAGUAUGUUGGACAGAUGGUACGACCUAGUGUAGCCGAUUUGCGCGAGUCCAAUUAUGAGGCCGCUGGUAUCGGCAGUUCCUAUCUUUUCCGAAUAGAUCUCGAAACCAUAAUAGACGCAACGAAAUGUGGAAAUUUAGCACGAUUCAUCAAUCACAGUUGCAACCCGAACUGUUACGCCAAAGUCAUAACGAUAGAAUCCCAAAAGAAAAUUGUGAUUUAUUCGAAACAACCGAUAGGUGUGAACGAAGAAAUAACCUACGAUUAUAAAUUUCCAAUCGAGGAUGAAAAGAUUCCUUGUCUUUGUGGCGCUGCCACUUGUCGCGGUACUUUGAAUUAGGUAACUUUUAAUUAUAAUUAUUACUUUUUUCCAACAGAAGGACCUUGUGAAUGCUUGUGUGUUCGUUUCUGAGUUAUUACUGAACUUCUGAACUUUGUGUAUAUAUCAUUCUCACAGUCAUCAUUUCCUGUAAGAACCAGGUGAUGAAGUGAGCGUAAAAAGUUAAAAAAAACUUGUAAAUAUUUGUAUAUAAUUAUUCUACC